UUUGUUGUGUUUUUAGUAACUUCUCAGUGGGUAUGUUUCAUUUUCACUUCUGAUUUCUAAAUCUAUGGCCAGAAAGAAGAUUUUGCUGAAAAUAAGCAAGCGAGGCAAUCAUCAGCUCAUCUUGAUUUAUUUUUUAAAUUUUUAUGACAGCCUUUUCACUUCUGAUUUACUGAAUAAUGAGUCACAUUUUUAAUGUCAUUAAUGCUCUGACCUAUCACAGUCAGGGAUAAAGUCAGGGAGAACUGAUAUUUGUGCCAAAAUACAUCAGUGCACAUGCAUUAAUAGGACUCAACUUGACUACAGUGGGUACAAUUAGAACAAAACUGGAAUAUAUGUGACUGGAUAUUUUCAAUGCUUUAUUCUGUUUAAUUCUAUCGAAAUUAAAUUCCUCAAUAUUGAUGGACCUGUUUGUCGUUGAAAGCGUGUUGAGAUAGCAUCUGUCCCUUUAUGAACCAGCUGGGUUGAACCGAAUUACCUCUGAACCAAAACGGCGGCACAAACAACAAACUGCAGUAAAAACGGAUCACAUGACUCGACUUUGUCAAAGGUCACCCAUUAGCUACUGAAGGCUCUUUCAGAACUCAUUCGAAGGAUAACUCAGAAAAUGAACUUUGACUGCAUGUUUCAGUUCUCUUAAGUUUUCUUUGAUCCUGACGACAUGAGUUGAUGGGAAACAAACGGAAAGGCUGCCUGCUGAAUCAAACGGCGAGUCCGAAUCCGAUGUCAACGCCUGCUGACUGCUGCAUCUGCCUGGAUGAGUUCACCAGCCCGGCGUCCCUCCCCUGCGGACACCGCUUCUGCCUGGCGUGCAUAGGGGAGUACUGGAGGACCGGCGAGAGCUGCCAGUGCCCCCUCUGCAUGGCGGUCUUCCCCAAACGGCCGCAGCUAAAGACCGAGCGAACCGAAAACGGAGCCGAACCGCUCAAAGCGGGAGAGGUCCCGUGUGACGUCUGUCCGGCUCGGCGGGCCGCGGUCCGGUCCUGCCUGGUGUGCCUGGCCUCGUACUGCUCCGCCCAUCUGGAGCCGCAUUAUCAGAGGGAGGACCUCGGACGCCACCUGCUGGUCAGUGUGGCGAAGAACCUGGAGGACUCUGUGUGUCGGCUGCAUGGGAGGAAGCUGGACAAGUUCUGCCGGAGUGACCGAAGCUGCAUUUGCGCCACCUGCGCCAGGACGGAGCACAGAGGCCACCAUGUUGUUUCCGUCAGCAAGGAAGCUGCUAGGAACAAGACUAAACUGAAGCGCAGACGACUGAAGCUUCAGCAAGAGAUUCAGGAGAAGCUGAGCGUGGCUGAGGACGCGGAGCGGACCGCUGGCCUCCGUGGAGGAGAACUUCCAGCAGAACUUUGGGCGCAAGCCAGGAAGCCGCUCAAACUGCUGGAAGAGGAGAUCAGCGAGCUGCAGGAGAGGAACGCGGAGCUGGAGCAGCUCUUACAGACCGAAGACAACCUCCGCUUUCUGCAGCGAUUCCUACACUCCUGUUCAUGAGUGGAACGACAAGACGCUCGACAUCCGUGGGCCAAAAAAAUGCAAUUGUGACAUAUAAAAAUAUAUAUUUUGUUCUAUAAAGAUAUGAACUCUCAGAA